AUUUAAAUGUUAUUGCAAUUCCACGUCAAAAGUGGGUGGUACUCUCAGUUAUAUAAAAGCCUGCUCGGAUUUUUUACCCGCAUUCAAACUAGUUCAUCAAAGCUAGGCAAAUCUUACCAAUAAAAAUGAGAUUCGCCGUGGUCGUAUUUGCCUGCGUAUUGGCGGCCGUCAGUGCCCAACAAUACUUCCCUCAGAACAAGGGACAAUACUUCCCUCAGAACGACCAAUACAAUUACAACAGAUACAAUAAGUUCAACUACAACAACAACUACAACCGUUACCCCAACCAGAACAGAUGGGGUGGCAACUACCAGCCCUUCGUACAGCCCACUCCUUUCCCCCGUCCAGUUGUACCUGUUAAGCCCGUAGUUGUAACCCCUGCUCCGGCUGUUUCUGUUGAAGCCAAACCCAGCCCUGCUCCCGUUCAGGUGCCCGUAGUUCCACAAGUAGUCGUUUCUGAACCAAAACCCUCUCCAGUAGUUCCCGUAUCUUCUGUCAGAGUUGCCGCUGACGACCGAUCUGCUGAAGUCCUUAAAUUCGGAAAUGAAAUCAGUGAAAACGGUUUCAACUACUACUUCGAAAGCAACAACGGAAUCGCCGCUCAAGCUCAAGGUGUUCCCCGCAACUUCGGUGGAAACCCUCCCGUAGUUCCUGAUGUUAUCCAAGGUGCUUUCUCCUGGAUUUCCCCCGAAGGCAAGGUCAUCUCUAUAAGCUAUACCGCCGAUGAGAACGGAUACCAACCCUCAGGAGACGCCAUUCCCCAACCCCCAGAAGUCCCCGCCCAGAUCGCACGCGCCCUUGAAUACAGUGCCAGAUACCUCGCUGGUGCCAAAAACUAAAUAAAACCGAUUUUUAACACUUUCACAGCAAUAACUUCUCUUAACGAUGUAGAUUUAAUUUAAAAAAAGUGUACAAAAAAUUUGAUGUGCUAAUUUUAAUAGUUUGUCUGUUAAUAAUUUCGUGUGAUGAAUAGCAGGUUUUAAUAAAACAGAUGCCCCACUCA